AUGCCUCUUGACUUUCUGUCCAACGAUUUUAUAUUUCCUUGUGAGCCUGAAACUCCCAAGCUUAUGUCUGGUCCGAAUGUCAAGGUACCUGAAUCAGUCGACUGGAGCUUUCAGGCCACGCAAGACUGUGUCCACGAAUACACAAUUGUUUCGUCAGGAAGGAUUCCCGGUGCGUUCGAGUUCCAGCUCAAGACCGAUUCGACCCAAUACCACACUUACUCUGAAACAUCCUCAAUCUGCUCCCAUUCAUCACUCGACCAAAGCCUUGAGCCUGAGGCUUCUAGUACUAUUAACACCAAACAUACCGAAGACUUGAAAUAUGCUCAGCAUGAAAUCGAACGUAUCCAGACCUACGGUGGCGAUAGAUUCCAAGGAUCGUAUUCAUACAGCUCUAGUUCGUCAACCCAUAGCAGUGCUGAAGAUGGUGUUUUCUCUGACGUCGAGUUUAGUACGAUUCACGACGACAGUGCUACCGAGAGUGAAGAUGAGAGUGUGAUUGAGAUUAAGAAUGACAGUGAUUCUGUGAUUGAAGUUUCUACAUCACCUGCCAAUAAAUACCCACUCCUAUCCUUUGAUUCUCAAGGCUCAACGCUGGCCGCUAGUAGCCGUAGUAGCACCAGCUCUAUUUGUUCUACAGACAAGGUUCAAAAAGGGUAUUAUUUGCAUACUGGACUCCCUCCCGUCACUGCUACUGUCACAAAGGUGGUCUCCAGGUCAAAUUUCAACAUCAAUACCAGAUCACUCCAGGAUCUUGUUGGCAAAUUCAAAAGACAGAAAGACUCCAAAUUCUCGCAUGUUUCCAAAGCCUCCUCAACACAACCACUGUCUGUAACCCAACGCUUCCAACGUUUCCUACACAUCGGAGUAUAUUAA